AUGAACAGGACAAGUGCGACACUGAUGCUGCAGACCAUUAUGGUGUUGAUGGAAAAGCAGAAUACCACAGAUGUCACACACUACCCGAGCACCUUUUAUGAAGAAGAGAUUGAGCGCUGCUAUGAACCUUAUGGAUGUUUCUCGAAAGCCUAUCCAUGGACGGAACAUCGGCCAGACAAUAACUUUCCAAUUUCUCCGGAGGCUUUGGGCGUCAGGUUUGCAGUGUUCACGAGACGAAAUAGAAAAAUCCCAGUGUUACUACAAGCUAAGGAUGAAGAGAAAAUACGAAAUGCUAAUAUAGAUCCUAGAGGGCCGUUUUAUUUUAUAACGCACGGAUUUCUUGAUGGAGGGCAUAAAGUUUGGAUACAGAACAUAGCAGACGCGCUAUUAAAUUUAGAAGGUAACGAUGCAGCAACAGUGACCAUAGUGGAUUGGCGACGAGGCUCGCAGCCACCAUAUGGUCAGGCUGUAGCUAAUAUUCGAUUAGUGGGAGUCAUCACUGCUCAUCUAAUGCAUGCGUUUUAUAAGGAGCUAAAUUUGCCGAACCUAAACAAUUUUCAUUUCAUUGGUCACUCACUCGGUUCGCAUUUGGCUGGUUAUUGUGGACAUGAAUUGCAAAAAAAAUUCAAUCUUAAGCUCGGAAGGAUUACUGGAAUGGACCCGGCGGCGCCAUAUUUCAGUAACACGGUGACGCUAGUUCGGCUUGACCGUUCUGAUGCUGAAUACGUGGACAUUAUACAUAGUAACGCCAUGCCACUUUAUUUUUCUGGGUUCGGUAUGACAGAGUCGAUCGGUCACGUGGAUUUCUAUCCCAACGGUGGGUCGACCCAGCCCGGCUGUAAGAAUGAAGGUUCCGCUUACCAAGGUGGUGGUGACAUGUACCAGUCUAUCGUUAAGUAUGUGGCCUGCAAUCACGAGAGGAGUCACGACUUCUUUGUAGAAAGCAUAGCUCCUACCUGUCCGUUUAUGGCUAUACAGUGUAGCUCUUACGAGGCAUUCCUGGAUGGCAAUUGUACAACUUGUGACAACAAGCACCUGUGUAUUCCCAUGGGCUUCCACUCUCACAAUGUUUAUAAACGGCUGCAAAUGGGCGGUUUAGUGGAUACAAACUCUAAUGUCGCCCUCUAUGCCCAAACUGGUAGCGCGAAACCAUAUUGCAGAGUCCAUUUUGAGGUGAAACUAAAAGUAUCGAAUUCAACGGAAAGCCAAGUCCACGGACCAGACAUUGGGAAAGUCAUGAUUACUUUAAUUGAUAGGAACAAUAAUAAAAGUGAUCACAAAUUCUUAAGUGAAGAGCAAAAGUACUACAGGCCCGGUGAUGUAGAAACAAAACUAAUAGCAUUCAAGGACACGGGACACCCUCCCCUAUCAGUAAAAGUGGAAUGGAAGUACGAAGCCAAUAUAUUAAUCCCGAUGACUUGGCGGUUACUCAAAUCUUCAAGUCUAUACAUUGAGUACAUAAAGAUCUCUUCAAUCGAAUAUAAUACUGAUAUUACUGUAUGUCCAAAGCUAAGAAAACCAGUGGUUGCCAACCUUCCUACAAUCAUGAAGACAAAAUAUUGUAUACACAAUUAG